GAUGCUCUAAGCGGCGCCGGGAGAGCCCAGAGGCCGAGGGAGGACGCCGGCUGGAGGGCACUGCGCGACGAUGGGCGCCCUCGGACCGGGACUCGUGCUGGCCUGCUGCCUGCUGCUGGCCUCCGCCGGGGGUCCGGCGCUGGGCCGCGUGCCGCCUGGCCAGCAGGAACCUCCGCAGCAGGAGGGGACCAAGGAGCCGCUGCUGGGCCACACGGAGAGGGUGGAAGAAAAGCAUGACAAGUACAGCCCCAGGCAGGAUGAGGGACGCCCUGCUUCUCGGUGCUAUCGCUGCUGCGACUCGGCUGGCCCCGUGUACCCCGCCGUCCCGGUGCCACAGAUCAAUAUCACCAUCCUGAAAGGGGAGAAGGGUGACCGGGGAUACCGGGGCCUGCAGGGGAAAUACGGCAAAACAGGCGAAGCAGGCGCCCGGGGCCAUGUGGGGCCCAAGGGGCAGAAGGGCUCCAUGGGGGCGCCCGGGGACCGCUGCAAGAACCAGUACGCGGCCUUCUCGGUGGGCCGGAAGAAGCCCCUGCACAGCAACGAGUACUACCAGACGGUGGUCUUCGACACGGAGUUCGUGAACCUCUACGGCCACUUCAACAUGUUCACGGGCAGGUUCUACUGCUACGUGCCCGGCGUCUACUUCUUCAGCCUGAACGUGCACACCUGGAACCAGAAGGAGACCUACCUGCACGUCAUGAGGAAUGACGAGGAGGUGGUGAUCCUGUACGCCCAGGUCCCUCCGCCCCUCCGGGAGCCCUCCCUGGUGACCUCCGCUCUUGACCAAGGCCUCUGCCCUCCCUGAGCCUGGCCAAGGGCCUGGGCACACGUCCUCUGAAGGCGGUCUGCUGGUCAGACACUCGGACCCGUGCUUCCAUGGGCGUGCUACUGAGCAGGCGCCGGCUGCUGCUUCCUGCUGUCCCGCCGCUCUUUCGACAUUA